AUGCCCUCAUGGGGAAGACCACCGGGGGCACGACUGGGGAGAGACAAUAGGGGACGCGCGUGGGAUGAGACUCGUGUGGAGGAGGUGGACAGCGACGGGGAUGCGUACGGGCGGGAGUUGGUGCGGAGCGGAAGACGGCAGGACUAUGGACGGGUGGCGCGCCGGCGUGCGGAGUAUGAGGAUUUGACGGACGACAACGACUCGGUGGAUGGGGCAGACUUCGAUCUAUACGAUCACGAAGACGGCACCGUGGCCUUUGCGGUCCAACUGGCCAUGCGGGACAAGGAAGAUCAAUUGGUGGAUCACGCGCUGGAACGGAUCCGUCGCGCGCAAAUGCUCGGACAGAAGAAUGUUCGACUGUCGAAGCGUGAGCUGGAUGCCCUCGAACGGAAGCGCCAGCAGGGCGAGGGGGCUUCUCGGCGUCCCAAGCAAGCGGCCUCCCGACCCUCCUCGCGGCGCAGCGCAGUGCCAGAACAACCAGCCGCCUACCCAUCCUUUGCGCCGGAUGCACACGGUUGGGCCCGUGGAACGGGUGCAGCUAGUCGGCCUUCCAGCUCCUCGUCUGUUCGUCCACGCACCCCGACCACACAAUCUCUUCGGCCACAGCAAUCUGGCUCUCCGCUCCGCCCUACCUACCCGCCAUACUCCCCCGAACGCUUCAUGUCGAAUGGCCGGCCACAGUCCAUGCAGCCGCCGGCCGCAUACCAACGGCCGCUGCCGGAUGACCCUUCGUGGGCUCCGCCAUACUACAAUCCCAUGCAGUUGAGCCCGUUCGGGGAAAAUGCGCCUUAUCAGCCGCAGCUCCCCACUGAUCUUCGCGUCGGCCCUCAGAAUCGAAUGUCAUUCCCUGGCUCUCCUUAUCAGGCCUAUCAGUCACCCACUCGCAGACGCACUUCCCAAAGCUCCGUGCAGUUACAGGAAGCACCGGCUCCAGCUGCGGCAGAGUCAGAUGACUCCAGCGAGGCUUCAAGCAGUGAUGACGACGUGCAGAUCGUGAAGGUGGCCAAGGUGGCCAAGGUGGCGGAGCGUCAGGCACCCACGCAGAAGCGUACAGUCUCUGGGGGAAGUCGUGGGACUCGCAAACGAACGAGUCGUUGA